GGUGUCUGAAAGGAAGGAUGGUUACAACGGAUGCAGGUGCAGUGGGGCGAGAAGAAGCAGAGGGUUUGGGAGAGGGGGCACCAGCAAGGACACAAAGGAUAAAAUUCUAAAAAAAUCUCUCCUACUCGCAGGCACAGAAGCCAGGAGUGAGGUUCUGCCUGUGCAAGAAACACUUUAUCAGGUCCAAGGCCAGCUGAGGAUAGAAGGGACAUGAAUUAAGACACUAUUGGCACAGUAACAUGGCCAAUGCACCAAAAGAUGGAGAGAAUGUCCCAGGGAGCAAGGUUCCACGCCUCAGCUGCUCCCCCAGUGAAGCGGAAUGAGACUUCAGCUCAGCAGGAAAGCGGACUUCAAAAAUCAGGGUACUCUAGUGAACUUUUCAGAUCACAAGUGCAGUGAGUCAAGACAUUUAUCAAGCUGAGUUGAUGACUGCUGGAGGAACCACUGGUAGAGCUCAAGAAUAUGAAUAGUUUCUCAAGAAAAGUACAUUGCUUUUGGCACAAGAAGCAGAAUAACUGAAUUAUUAUCACAUGGAAUUUUUCAGUAAAAAUCACUGAAAAAAUUCAUCAGGUGAACAUAUAUUUUUGCUUUUUAAUUUGGUUAAAAGCAAUUUAUUUUUAAAGAAAAUAUGUCUCCUCUGAAGAUAUAUGGUCCUAUCAGAAUUCGAAGUAUGCAGACUGGGAUUACAAAGUGGAAAGAAGGAUCCUUUGAAAUUGUGGAAAAAGACAAUAAAGUCAGCCUGGUAGUUCACUAUAACACUGGAGGGAUUCCACGAAUAUUUCAGCUAAGUCAUAACAUUAAAAAUGUGGUACUACGACCCAGUGGAACAAAACAAAGUCGCCUAAUGUUGACUUUACAAGAUAACAGCUUCUUGUCUAUUGACAAAGUACCAAGUAAGGAUGCAGAGGAAAUGAGGUUGUUCCUAGAUGCAGUCCAUCAAAACAGACUUCAUGCAGCUAUGAAACCUUCUCAAGGUUCUGGUAGUUUUGGAACUAUUCUGGGCAGCAGGACCUCUCAGAAGGAAACUAACAGACAGCUUUCUUACUCAGACAAUCAGGCCUCUUCAAAAAGAGGAGGUUUAGAAACUAAAGAUGAAAUUCCAUUUCGAAAAGUUCUUGGCAGUCCUGGUAGAGGACCGAUUAAGACUGUAGCCGGAAGUGGAGUGGCUGUUACCCGGACUAUUCCUUCUUUGACGCUGACAUCAACACCUCUUAGGUCGGGAUUAUCAGAAAACCGCACUGAAAAGAGAAAAAGAAUGUUAUCUGGUUCAGAGCUGACUGAAGAUUAUCCUAAGGAAAAUGAUUCAUCAUCGAACAACAAAGCUAUGACAGACCCUUCAAGAAAAUAUUUAACCAGCAGUAGAGAAAAGCAGCUGAGUUUGAAACAGGUAGAAGAAAAUCGAACAUCAGGGCUUUUACCUCUGCACUCAUCCUCAUUCUAUGGGAGCAGAGCUGGAUCAAAGGACUACUCUUCUGGUGGCACUAACCUGGACAGGUGUAAUGUUUCAAGCCAGACACCUUCUGCCAAAAGAAGCCUGGGGUUUCUUCCUCAGCCAACUCCUCUGUCUGUUAAAAAACUGAGGUGUAACCAGGAUUACGCAGGCUGGAACAAACCUAGAGUGCCCCUUUCCUCCCAUCAACAGCAGUUGCAGGGAUUCUCCAAUUUGGGAAAUACAUGCUAUAUGAAUGCUAUCUUACAAUCUCUGUUUUCACUCCAAUCAUUUGCAAAUGAUUUGCUUAAACAAAGUAUCCCAUGGAAGAAAAUUCCACUCAAUGCACUUAUCAGACGCUUUGCAAAUCUGCUUAUUAAAAAAGAUAUUUCUAAUUCAGAAACCAAAAAAGAACUACUUAAGAAGGUUAAAAAUGCUAUUUCAGCUACUGCAGAGAGAUUCUCUGGCUAUGUCCAAAAUGAUGCUCAUGAAUUUUUAAGUCAGUGCUUAGAUCAGUUGAAGGAGGAUAUGGAAAAACUGAAUAAAACUUGGAAGACAGAACCUGUCCUUGGAGAAGAAAAUUCACCAGAUACAUCAACUACCAAAGUAUUCACUUGCCCUGUUAUUACAAACUUGGAGUUUGAAGUUCAGCACUCCAUUAUCUGUAAAGCAUGUGGAGAAACUAUUCCCAAAAGAGAACAGUUUAAUGAUCUCUCCAUUGACCUUCCUCGGAGGAAAAAACCACUCCCUCCUCGUUCAAUUCAAGAUUCUCUCGAUCUUUUCUUUAGGGCAGAAGAACUUGAAUACUCCUGUGAAAAGUGUGGUGGAAAAUGUGCUCUUGUCAGGCACAAAUUUAACAGGCUGCCCAGGGUCCUCAUUCUUCAUUUGAAACGAUACAGCUUCAAUGUGGCUCUUUCACUUAACAACAAGAUAGGACAGCAAGUCAUCAUUCCAAGAUACCUGACCCUGUCAUCUCACUGCACUGAAAAUACAAAACCACCUUUUACUCUUGGGUGGAGUGCACAUAUGGCAAUUUCUAGACCAUUGAGAGCCUGUCAAAUGGUGAAUUCCUGCAUCACCAGCCCUUCUGCACCUUCAAAGAAAUUCUCCUUCAAAUCCAAGAGCUCCUUGACAUCAUGCCUUGAUUCUGACAGUGAGGAUGAACUUAAGCGCUCUGUGGCCCUCGGUCAGAGACUUCGUGACUUACCAGGCAAUGAACAGGACCAGGAAGAUGUCCUGCAAAAAGAUUUGAAAUUGUGCAGGUUAGAGCCUGGGAAGUCAGAACUGGACAACUCGGGAUUUGACAGAAUGAGUGAGGAAGAGGUGCUGGCAGCGGUGUUAGAGAUAAGCAGGAGAGAAGCUUCACCGGUCCUCAGCCCUGAAGAUGAUGAUAAGCCAACCAGCAGUCCCGACACUGGGUUUGCAGAAGAUGAUAGUCCAGAAAUGCCUGAAAAUCCAGAUACUAUGGAAAUUGAGAAGCCCAAAACAAUCACUGAGCAGCCAGGUCCUGCUAGUUUUACUGAGAUAACAAAAGACUGUGAUGAGAAUAAAGAAAACAAGACUCCAGAAGGCUCUCAGGGAGAGGUUGAUUGGCUCCAGCAGUAUGACAUAGAACGGGAAAGAGAAGAGCAGGAGCUGCAGCAAGCACUGGCUCAGAGCCUUCAAGAGCAAGAGGCUUGGGAACAGAAAGAAGAUGAUGACCUCAAAAGGGCUACAGAGUUAAGUCUUCAAGAGUUUAACAACUCUUUUCUGGAUUCCCUGGGCUCAGAUGAGGACUCUGGAAAUGAGGAUGUUUUUGAUAUGGAGUACACAGAAGCUGAAGCCGAGGAGCUGAAAAGAAAUGCUGAGACAGGAACUCUUCCUCAUUCCUAUCGGCUCAUCAGUGUUGUCAGUCACAUUGGGAGCACCUCUUCCUCAGGUCAUUACAUUAGUGAUGUGUAUGACAUUAAGAAACAGGCAUGGUUCACUUACAAUGACCUGGAGGUCUCUAAAAUCCAAGAGGCUGCUGUGCAGAGUGAUCGAGAUCGCAGCGGCUAUAUCUUCUUCUAUAUGCACAAGGAGAUCUUUGAUGAGUUGCUGGAGACAGAAAAAACCUCUCAGGCGCUUAGCAUGGAGGUGGGGAGAACUGCCCGUCAGGCCUCAUGAGGAGAACCUCGUGGACGGCAGCAUUAGCUGCAUGUCUGUCACUGCCACCCUUCUCACCAUCCUCUGCCCGAAGAGAAUUGGGAACUCUACUCGAUGCAGGAGCAACAGCAGCUCAGGGCCAAACCAAAAGAAACUUCAGUCAUGUACAACACUCCAUCCUGUUUUAUGGAAACCUUGGUCUCGUCUAUAGCUGAUUAUCCUCUUUUUCUCCUACAAGAGUGCCGCUUCCUUUUGUCUUAGGAAUGAAUACAUAUUGUAAAUAUAUAUGUACAUACCCAUACACAUAUACUGAAUGAAUGGAGCCUUAAAGAGCUAGGAUGAGCCACCAGAAGUAGUCCUCCUGCUCACAAUGAAUGCUGCAGCUAUUUGGCCGAGAAAUCAAAGUGUCCAAGCACAUUCAUCUGAGGAGGUGUGAUGAUGCACAUAGCACUUGGCUUUUAACUUUUGGGUUGGUUUUUUUUUUUUUUUUUUUUCCUUUUUCUUUUUGGGUGACUUCACUCAAGUCCAACCUUCUAUGUGUGUUGUAAGUAAAGUUCACUGGGAAGCUAGUUACACUAAAAACAGCUUCUUUUCCUUGCAAGAGGCAUCUCUGUAGCCUGAUCUGAGUUUUAUUUUUCUUUUGAUUUUAUGACUCUCAUACUGUUUACAUGCAGUUUCCCAAAAAUGGAUUGUUGGUGCUUCAGAGUGUUACAGUCCCUCACUUGGUGUUUAUUGUGCCCUUGGCAUUUUCUCUCAGAUGCCUCCGCAGUGUGUUCAUCGCACUCUUCCAUGGUGUGGUGAUGUUAAAGCUAGAAGCUUAUAUUUUCUUCUGUAUCAUUUUUCCAUGGGACAGGCAUGACCCCAGUGGAUUACAACCUCAAUUAUAAAAGGUUAAAAGACAGCUUGAACUCUUUGACAAGGCUGCUCAGGGCAGGGAAGAGCACUAGUCUCUGUCCUGCAAGCAGAGAGAGCAAGGGGCAUGCCACUGUCUACAGUGUAGACUCUGGGCCACUAAAGCUAAAAGCUAAACACUGUUGCAAGGGUGAAAUAAGUAGUGGGAGGGGAUUCCAGGAGCUGUCAGUCAAAGGUGCCUAGUACAUCUCUUACUUGUUAGUGCUCUGAGUGAGACCAACUGUCAGUGCAGUGGCAAGUACUACAGGAGUCACUCUGCCCACAUGCCCGCCUGGGUAAGCAGCUAAUGAAAUCCUAGGAUGAGCCUGGGGGAAUUGUCAGCUCAAGUGUCACUAGAGUUGUACAGACCUUAGCAAAAUGAAGCCUGCAUUCGGUUUUUCCCUACUUUUUUUCUUACUUUUAUUAUUAAUGGGAGGGUUAAUGUGAGUUCUGAGUUAGGUGUGAAACCAUAUUAGAUUUUCAGGAGAUGUCAAAACCCAUCACUGAAGAUGUAACAUCUUUUCUGGAAGAGUGUAUUCAGAGAGCCCAGCCUAACUCUUGGAACCUGGGUGUAUUCUCACAUAAUCACCUGUUCUAAAGCUCUGAAUCGCUGACGUGUGCCUCGGUGCUUUGACUACUGAUAAACUCUGACUCCUACAUUUACCAGCACACAUUAUUAUAUUGAAUGUUCCAAAGUGGCACGGGUAGGGUACUCAGCAGUUUACAACAGAGAAAAAUAUUUGUUUUUAAAACUAACUUUAAAUUGUGUUGUUUCACCUCAAGCAGGAGCCUCCUUUUGUCUUGUUUUGCUUAAAAGUAAGUGGUUAUCUCAAGUGAGGUGAUGAUCGUAUGCAAGUUCUCUCUCGUCUAUGCCCUAGAGAACUUCAGGCAGUUGAAAUGAUGAGAAAGUUUAUUUAAAAAAAAAAAAAAAGAUUGCAUCGUGGUGUAAUGCCCUGAGCCUGGACUGCCUCCAGGCACCUGGGCCUCUCUCACACCUGCUUAUGUCCCUGUUGACUUACAAGGCCACUCGGCACAGAGCCUGAUUCAUUUUGACUCUCGUGUCUUGGCAGGACUUAUUAGUUAAAAUUAGGUUACUCCUUGCAAAUUUAGGACUUGGAUGUUAUGUCCGGUCCAUAUAUGACCUGUCAGCCCCUCCUCUCUUCUUUCCCUUGACUGCUUGACUCCAAAUGGCACUUUCACCUAGACUGCAUUGAUAGGGUGCUGGUUAUUCAAAGGGGGCUGUGUCUAUGUUAAAAUUAUGAGUGAAUAAUAUAUUCCUUUUUUUUUUAAACACUGUGAUCAAAGAAUUGGGGAAUAGAACAAUUAACAUAUUGGACUAAGAAGGGACAAAUUAUUAGAUAGGAACAGAAGGUAUCCAUUCCCUUCAGUCAGCAUCAUAACUUUCCUGUGUAAAAUGCGAAAUAUAUGGUUAUAUUACUUUAAAUGACUGAACUGGAAUUUUAUAGCAAUUAGUACUCUAUGCAAUCUUCUCAUCUUAGCCAAAACUGGAAGAGAAAAUAAACUAAAAAGUUGAUUUUUCCAC